CGGUGAUGGGUGCUGGUGGUGCGGCGGGUGUACUGAUGACGGGUGCUGGUUCAAACUUCGCCAAGGUUGUGCCACCAUCCUUGACCCCGGUCACUCCCCUGCUGCCCGCCCUAACCGACGAUAUGUUCGUGCUGGAGGCCCCAUCGUUUAUCGUUCCGUACAUCUACGAGAAGCCGCCGGUCGACAAUCUGCGCGACAUCGUCGACGACCUGGAGGUGAAGAUCAAGGAGAUGCGCAAAACGUUGGAAGAGGCCGGCGGAUCGGUCGAUCCACACGGCGUGGAGACGGCAGACGCGGCGGAAAGUCCGGACAAAAAGGACGCCGCCAGCAACCAACAGACAGCGGCAGCGGCGGACGCUAGUGCGACCGCCGAAGCAUCGGCGCCUGAUACGGCUGAGAAGGCACCCGCCGAUACCAGCCGGAAGCGGAAGCGACCCACGGACGACGAUGACGAGUGGGACGAGCUGGACACGUCCACCGACGACGAAGCGUCGGACGAGGAGCAGAAGACGAAGGUGUUGAUCAAGGAGGUGAAAGCGGACAUCGAGUCGCACAUCAUCCUGCCGUCGUCGGAGAAGGAUGUCCUCGGUGGUGGGGGCAGCGGCGUGGGCAGUGGGAGCACGGCCGGUGGUGGGGACGCCAAAAAGUCGGAGAACUACUUCGAGAACCCGCUCGGCAAGUUCUUCAUGAACAUCGGCAUCAAUCUGGUGCAGGAGUUCGUGCAGACCGAUCUGCUGCGGCAGCAGAAGCGAAAGCGCGACCGGGAGGGCAAGCCGUCACCGAGCACGCAGCUCGCGAUCAACUCGCUGAUGAAGAACCUGGAGCAGAGCAAGGAGAACAACAAACCGUACAAGUUCGAGGUGAAGCGCUGCGAGUACUGCCCGUUCCGUUCCGAGUCGUCACUAGUGAUGGCGCACCACUACGAGACGCCACACAUGCGCAACUUCGUCUACAAGUGUAACUUCUGUGCGUACGAGACGCGGCCACCGCACGACAUCCUCUUCCACAUGGAGGCGGUCCACAACAUCAAGGGGCGCAUGGAGAAGGCGCUCUCGUACCACCACUGCCCGAACUGUCUGUUCGAGGACAACGGCAAAUCGAAGCUCGCCCGGCACGCGGUGGCGUGCGCGAAAAAGUUCCGGCCCGAGAUCAACCUCAAUCCUCCGGUCGACUGGGAGCCGCCGGCAAAGAUACCGCGCAUCAAACCGAAGCACGGUCUCGUCGGCACCGCCACGGCCUAUCAGGCAAUGACCGCGCAGCAGCAGAAGAACCUAGCCCUUGCCAACCAGCAGCGCAUCAAUCAGCAGCACGUGCAGCAGUCGGUGCAGCUGACGCAGCAACAUCUCGCCGCACACCAGGCCCUGCAGCAGCAACAGCAGCAGCACGCCCAAUCGCUCGCUGCCGCCCAACAGCACCUCGGCAUCGUGUCCGUGAACGCCGCGAACGUGAACAACCUAGCGAACCUAUCGCCCGCCGCACAGGCGGCCGCCAUGCGGGCCCGAGCCGUCGGCUCCGGUGGUGCUGGCAACAUGGGAGGAGUUGGCAGGGCACCGUCCAUCAUUCCGUCGCCGACGGGCAUCACGGCGGCGGCGGCCGCCAGCCUGCGAACGGCCGGGGGCGCCGGUGUGAACGUGGCGGCCGCAGCGUCCGCCGCUAUCCGCAACACAUUGGCCGGUGCCGGAAUGAACUCACUCAACGCCGGAAGAUCACUUCUUGCCAAUACCAACUCCUCAAUAACAAUUCAGAAUGUUUCCAAUAUGAAGACAACGAAAACGGCUCAACCGCCCAGCAUCUCGAUCACGCCACUCCCGCGCCAAUCGUCGUCGAGCAGUGCAAACAUGGCGAACAUUGCCGGCGCGCUAUCAAAGCUACAGUCCCAGGGCACAGCCGUCAAGCCGGGUCAAAUCCCGGGCGGAGGCAAGACCGCGUUCGUGGUGUGCGAAAUCUGCGACGGAUACAUCAAAGACUUGGACCAGCUGCGCAACCAUAUGCAGUGGAUACACAAAGUGAAGAUACACCCGAAAAUGAUCUACAAUCGGCCACCGUUAAAUUGUCAAAAGUGUCAGUAUCGGUUCUUCACCGACCAGGGUCUCGAACGGCAUCUGCUUGGUUCGCACGGUCUCGUCACCAGCUCGAUGCAGGAGGCCGCCAACAAGGGAAAGGAUGCGGGCCGCUGUCCGGUGUGCGGCAGGGUGUACCAAUGGAAGUUACUCAACCACGUGUCCCGCGAUCACAGCAUGACAUUGAAACCUGCCCACCUUUCGUACAAGUGUACCGUCUGCACCGCGACCUUCGGCAUGUACAAACAGUUCGAGAGUCACGUCUACUCGGCGCACAGCACGGUAGCGAAGAAGACUGUGGACAGCAAGGGCAAAGGUGGGGGAAACGUGCAGCAAAGCGCCAUGAACCUCAUCGGCAACUCGGCGGCAUCGUCGGCGGGUAGUGGAACGUCCUCGUCUGGGAUGCGCGGCAGCGGCGGUGGCGAUUCGCUGCUUAAACCGCUCAAGAUCAACGACGAAAUCACGAUCAUCCCGCAGCCCACUUCCAACAGCAGCAAAAUGAUGAAAACGAUCGAGCUCGAAAGUCACGUUAUAGAUUAAAAAUCCACUUCAGACUGCUGUGCCGGACUGUGCACAGCUACACACCCCCCGCUCCGGAGGAUGUUAGUCUCGUGUGUGAGCUCCGUUCGUUGGUGGAAAACGGAAAGAAAACAGACAGCGAUAGGCCAACUGUAUAGAGCUGCUGGAUCGCAACACACACUGCGUUCCCUCGGCAUGCUAGGCCGCGCAGCAGGGUUCCAGCAAGCACGUCCGGGCCGCAAGCCCCGGAUAUGGCGGCCGCCGCAUCAUGUAUAACGACAGUGUAUAACUAAGGGAGAAAUGAUAAUGAUCACGUUUUCUUUCCAACAAUUUCUUUGUAAUGUUUCAUUAGGUAACUUAAUAAUCAAGUAAAGAUUGUGAAAAAUGUAAUAAUUAAUUCACGGAACAAAAGCCCAACCCACACACAUUCAUACAUACACA